GUCAAGCAUUCUGUAUCGAGAGACUCAUCAAACCCAAAGAGCAAAGCGAAGAAUUCACCCCGAAAGGAGAACCAAAACAGGACUAUCAUGAAGCUCUUCAUUUUUAUUAGUCCUCUUCUCCUUUCAUUAUCCAUUUUAAACCAAGUUCUGGCCAUGAACGGUUCAAACCAGACCGGCCCGAUGGUCCCGGCGGUCAUCGUGUUCGGCGACUCCAUCGUCGACACCGGUAACAACAAUGACAUGGACACCAUUAUCAAGUGCAACUUUCCUCCCUACGGUAUCGAUUUCCCCGGCCACUUCCCCACCGGCCGCUUCUGCAAUGGCAAGAUCCCCUCAGACUACAUCGCUUCAAUGUUGGGCGUCAAGGAAUACUUGCCACCGUAUCUAAGCGGUCUCAUGCCGGCCGAUCUUCUCACCGGCGUUACCUUCGCCUCCGGUGGGUCCGGCUUCGACCCUCUCACCUCAAAAUUAGUGUCUGUGAUGUCAUUGCCGGAGCAGCUGGAUAUGUUCAGGGAGUACAAGCAGAGGGUGAGGGCGAUCGCCGGCGAUGAAAGGGCGACGAGGAUUCUCGCCGGAAGUAUAUAUGUGGUGUGCGCGGGGAGUGAUGACGUGGCCAAUACUUACUAUACUACACCUUUCAGGAAAAGGGAAUACGAUGCUCCUUCAUACGCUAAUCUUCUUCUCCAGUCGGCUCUCAGCUUUGUCGAGGAUUUAGUCAAGGAAGGAGCAGAGAGAAUUGGUGUGGUGGGAAUACCGCCGGUGGGUUGUGUGCCGGCACAACGAACCCUGGACGGUGGGGUGCAGAGAAAUUGUGCUUCGGAGCAGAACCAAAUGGCUCAAAUUUUCAAUACAGCCCUCGCCGGGCAAUUGAAAGGGCUAAAAUCUAAAUACCCCGGAAAGCUUUUGGUAUAUGUGGAGAUAUAUGAUAUCCUAUAUGAUAUCAUUCAACAACCCACUAAGUAUGGAUUUGAGGUCUCAACAAAGGGUUGUUGUGGCACUGGCGAUCUUGAAGUCGCAGUGUUAUGCAAUACCAUGACUUCAUCAGUAUGUGCCGAUGUUUCAAAAUAUGUAUUUUGGGAUAGCUAUCAUCCUACUGAGAAGACUUACCAAAUCCUUGUAUCAUGGGUUUAUAAGAAUUAUAUUAACUUGUUAAUUUGAAACAUAGAAAAAAAAAUAUAACUUGU